AUGGCCGCGCCGCCCGCCAAGCGCAUCCUGUGCGUGGGGCUCGUGUGUCUCGACGUGAUCAGCGUGGUGGAGACCUACCCCGCGGAGGACACGGACACCAGGUGCCUGUCGCAGCGGUGGCAGCGGGGCGGCAACGCCUCCAACUCGUGCACGGUGCUGGCCCUGCUGGGUGCCCCCUGCGCCUUCAUGGGCUCCCUGGCGCCCGGACCCGCCGCCGACUUCAUCGCGGCGGAUUUCAGGCGCCGCGGCGUGGACGUGGCGCACGUGGCCUGGCAGCCGCAGGGCACCGUGCCCUGCGCCUGCUGCAUCGUCAGCGCCGCCAGCGGCUCGCGCACCAUCGUGCUGCACGACACGAACCUGCCCGACGUGACGGCCCGGGACUUCGAGCGGGUCGACCUGGAGCAGUACAGCUGGGUGCACGUGGAGGGCCGCAACGCGGCGGAGCAGGAGCAGAUGCUGCAGCGCGUGGAGCGGCACAACCGGGCGCGCGGCCCUGCCCAGCGCGUGGCCACGUCCGUGGAGCUGGAGAAGCCGCGGGACGAGCUGCUCCGCCUGCUCCCGCUCGCAGACCUC